AUGGCUGUCCAGGUCCUUCACCACAACAAGCGCAGAGCCGGGCUCCGCCCUCGUCUCUGGAUCGACCCGAACCCAUCCACUGCCGACUCGAGCUCCCUCUCCACUCCCGCCUCUCCUUUUCCCCGGACCCCUGAGCUGUUUUACGUCUUAUGCCUCUACGACUACGACGCCGAGGACUCCGACCAGCUCUCCUUCCGUCGGAAUGAUAUCCUCGAUGUCGUCAAGAAGGAGGACACAGGCUGGUGGGCGGCCAUUCACUUGGACGAUGACCGCGUCGGGUGGAUCCCGAGUGCUUUCGUAGAACCGAUCUCGGACACACUCGCGGAUAAACUGAGAAGCAGGGAUACAAACGUUCAAAUAUACCAGGCAGAGAAUGACGACGCUUUCCACGGCUCGCCCGAUUCUCAGCUGACCGACCCCUUUAUCGUUACUCCGGAGGAUGGAAACAAAGAUUACGAGUGGAUGCCUGUGGUCAGUGGAGACAAGCUCGCAGAGGAUUCGAGUCUACCUUCAGGGGUGGGAACCACAUUCAGUCCACUGGUCCCUCCACCGGAAGGCAUUGAAGCAGCCUUCCUAGAGCUCGAAGAAAUGCUCGCUUCGCCAACAGAGCUUAUCACGUCGCGCAUGAAACGGCGCUCCCGCCCCAAACCUCUCGACUCGCCUGCCCUAGACGAGGGUGAACAGGUGAUCACGCUCCCUCCUGCGCCCUCUGAAGAAAUGCCGAUCACUCCGCGGACGCCAGGGUCCGCGGGAGGUCGUCGCCGUAGUCUGUCUCUACCCACUGGGGAUGCACCGCCCUCUGACCACCAGAGAUCCCGUUCAGAAUCCGCCAAGCCUCCAACUAGACGCCAUCUCCGGCGCCGACCCCUCCUGAUCGAUGACCAGUCGUCGCUGAACCGUCUUACUACCCUGUUCGAGGCCCAUAAUAUCGAAGAGCUAGACCACCUUAUCGCAAGUCCAGUUGUGGCUGAAUCUUUCGACGCAUUCACUCGCACGAACAAGACUGCGCGCGACAAGGUCUUGCAAAUCACUGGGGACAAUGACGCCCAGGCCUUCCAUGACGCGCAAAUCGUUCAGGGAACAUGGUACCUCCGCCCCCAUUACGGGGAAGAGGAGAUCAUGCUCCAGCCUAACGGGAGUGUAACUGCAGGCACUCUUCGCGCUCUGGUUGAGCGCCUUACGUUCGAAUUUCCAAAACCCAUACAGGGAGUUCGAUAUCGGCAGGCGUUCUUGAUGACCCACAAGUCAUUCAGUGCUGCCGAGGAGGUCCUCGAUCUUCUCAUCAUGCAGUUCAACAUUGAGCCUCCAUCUGGGCUCAGUCCCCAUGAGAUGGACCAAUGGACAGAAAGAAGGCAGCGCCCGAAUCGUCGCCGCGUCCUCACCGUGCUUCAGAGCUGGACGGAUGACUUUGGUUUACUCCAGGACGAUCACCAUUUGGCCCCACGGAUCGUUAACUUCGUCUCUUCCGUCGACGGCCCCCCACAACUCAAGAAGGCGGCCCAGGACGUCCUCAAGUCCCUCGAACGAUUUAUAUCUGUCAUUCCUGCCACUCCACAUUCCGCGGCAAAUGGGAAGCACAAGAAGAACAAGGCUCCCAAGGCCGAACUCCUCAAGAUGGACCCGCAGCAGCUCGCAGAACACUUGUGCAUGCUUGAACAACGGCUGUACAGCAAGAUUCGCCCCCAGGAGUGCAUGGACUGGGUGCGGGCGCCGCGAGGCCCGAGAGUGAAGAACCUUGCUGCGUUCAGCGCCUUCCAAGAGAAGCUCGGCCCGUGGGUGAAGAUGAGCAUUCUCAACUUCGAACCCUUGGGAAAGCGUGCGGAAAUGAUCGACUUCUGGGUGAAGGUGGCGGAGAAAUGCAAGGCGCUGAAUAAUUACGCCUCCCUUCACGCUGUCGUCGCCGCGCUUUCAAGUCCAGUCAUAGCCCGGCUACACUUCACAUGGGCGCACGUCAAGAGGCGCGCUCAGCUCGAGCAGCUCGCCAAGUACCACGACCCAGCAGGGAAUUUGUCCUCCUACCGCCUCUGGCAACGGUCCGCCGACGGGCCCUGCAUCCCGCACAUCGCAAUGCACCUCACGGACAUGCAAGCAGUGCAAGAUCAGCUUCCAGACGACGUCCGCGUCUCCGCUGCGGUCUCUCCCCUCGGCACUACCUCGUCCCUCAUCCACUUCGCCAAGCGUGAGAAGUGGUGGGAGGCUCUCGACGCCAUCCACCGACACCAGGCGCGCCCCUACGCGUUGGCGGAGGACGCGGUGCUGGCUGCGCUCAUCGACACGAACCUCCUCGCGUUCGGGGACGUCGAACAGAACGUGUUCUGGACCAAGAGCCAGGAAAUCCAGCAGGCGGAGAUGCUCCACGCCGACAUCCGCAAAGGCCUCGAGCUCGCCGGCUUCUGA